CAAAGGCUGUUGCUACCCAGGCAGGCCCACCUGAGGAAUUUUAGAACCUGAGAAAAAGCUCAGCAAUUAGACACAACUCCCGCAGCCUGGGACAGCUGUAAGACAGCUCUCUGCAGUCCAUUCCCUCUGCAGGAGUGCCCUGGGAAGCAGGUAGGGUCUGCUUAUCCUCCAUCUGUGCCCUUGGAGUGAGCAUGUAUCAAGAAUUUUGAAAUAGAUGUGAGCGGGCUCAAAGCUCGCUCUCUUCCUCUGCAAGGUUGAGAUGGCUGUGCUGGAUCAUGCUGUGAGUUCUUCAAGGGGACCUGCCUCUGUGUCUUGGUUCCUCCCCAACAGCAGGGCUCACUCUCACUGGGGACCUUAAGCCUCCACCCCAGGGUUUCAAGGGAAGCCACUCUGCCAGCCACCCACCCAGAGCCGUUGAGAUAGGCAUCCUGUGUGGGCUGUGGCAGGAAACAGGCCCCUGCUCCCUCAAGGGAGGAGGAGCUGCUGAGGACCAGCUCCCAGGCUGAUGUGGACCUCCUGACCUCUUUGCCCUAUAAGACAGCUGGGCUGUUUGCCUGGGAGGUGGCAAGGCGGAGCAGAUGUUUAUGUUUGGUGGACUCGCCUGGCUGGGUAGAUGCUGCAUCAUCAGCUCAAGGCAGCUGUGAACUGUAAAGUACACAGGCACUGACCCUACCCUCCUCCUUUGCCCUCUGGGGCUGCUGGGGGAGCAAGGAGUAGGGUCCCCCAUGCCCUCCAGUCUGUCCCCUGGAUAAGUGGCAUCUGCAAGAGUUGGGCCCCAGCCUUCCCAGGCUUGUCCCAGAAGCCUGAGUCCAGGACAGUCUGGGAGGAGGCUAGCAGGAGUUCGUUGGACCAGAUUAGAAGGAAUGGGGACCACAGGCAGGCAGUACCCACCUCUGGGCCACUCUUCCCUGAGACUUAGGUGUUCACAGUAAUAUUAUAUUAUUGCCGUAGCCAUUGACAGACUCAGAAAGACCUCAAAGAAAUGAUCCCUUCUUCUUCUACCUACCAUGGAGAUCAUGCUACAGAAAGGUUGGAGAAUCUUCUGGAAGUCACACACAGACCUUUCACAAGCCAGAACACUAGCCUUAUCACCUUUUGCUCAGCCCUGUCUCUCUACCAGAGUUCUAUAGCCUACGGCAGGAAAGCUUUUGGCUCCACUAUCAAGUUCAGAGCCUUAAAAAUCAUGCAGACCUAGUCCCUGCUCAACCCAUCACGAAGCAGUCAAACCAUGCUGCUGGGAAUAUUUCAGCAUUGAGUCUAGACUCCUAUUCUCCAAGAUCAGAGGAUGACUGAGCACUGAAGUUCCCUUCCAUCACUCCUACGUGUCCCCUAGAGAAGAUGAGCAGACAUUGAUGAGAAUCAAAGAGAGUGGGCAUGCCCCACCCCCACACUCCCUCCCUCCUCACUUGCAGUGACCCAGGGAUGCCAAUUUGCAGCCAUUUGUCCCACUUGGGAGGUUUUGGCUGAAAGAACUUCAGACCAACUGUCUCCCCGUCUCAGGGUAAAUUUCAGCCUUCCUUGAUUCAUGCAAGCCUUUUUAUAAAGAGAAACCCUCAUUAGAAGCUUCCAAAUAAAUGCUAUGACCCGCAAAGAAACCCAAACAACUAUAAUUUUAGAAUAUGCUGAACCAGUGAUGGUGCUCUGAAAGGCUGGUCCUGAAAGGCUCCCCUGGUAGGAACCCUGUCCCAGAUAUUAACACUUUCCUUCUUGGCACUGUGGCCCCACCCCCACAUGUGCACCAGAUGAAGAGCCCAGAAGGUCACCCCACAAGCAUGGAAAGGAGAAGCAGGGCAACAGAGGUGGCGCAGACCCUCCAAAAGCAGGUGCUGCUCCACGCAGCCCACGUCCUUCCCUGGCCCUCUCCCCUCCUCUCCUCUCCUUUUCAGGGUGUCUCUUCCUGGAAUCCGGGAGCUCCCUCUGAAUGCCCAUUAACAGCCUCUGCCCCGUCUCCUAGGUGAUGCUUCUGGGAGACUCAGGUGUCGGCAAAACCUGUUUCCUGAUCCAAUUCAAAGAUGGGGCCUUCCUGUCCGGGACCUUCAUAGCCACGGUCGGCAUAGACUUCAGGAACAAGGUGGUGACCGUGGAUGGUGUGCGGGUGAAGCUGCAGAUCUGGGACACUGCAGGGCAGGAGCGGUUCCGCAGUGUCACACAUGCUUACUACCGAGAUGCUCAGGCUUUGCUCCUGCUGUAUGACAUCACCAACAAAUCUUCCUUCGACAACAUCAGGGCCUGGCUCACAGAGAUUCAUGAGUAUGCCCAGAGGGAUGUGGUGAUCAUGCUGCUAGGCAACAAGGCGGAUGUGAGCAGUGAAAGAGUGAUACGCUCGGAGGACGGAGAGACACUGGCCAGGGAGUACGGAGUUCCCUUCUUGGAGACCAGCGCCAAGACAGGCAUGAACGUGGAGUUAGCCUUUCUGGCCAUUGCCAAGGAGCUGAAGUACCGUGCUGGGCAGCAGACUGAUGGGCCCAGCUUCCAGAUCCGGGACUACGUGGAGUCCCAGAAGAAGCGUUCCAGCUGCUGCUCCUUUGUGUGAAUCCCACAAGCUGAGAGGAGGCCCCAGAAGUCCUUGGAGCUGCAGCCAUCUCCCCUUGACUGGUGUAUUCUGGGCGGCUGAGUCAAUGGGGAGGGAGCUGGGGGCCCAGUGCACUGCCCCUUCCCAUAAGGCCACAGCACUCCUAUAGCUUCCCUGCGUCCUGGGGGAGGGUAAACCGCUUAUAUUUUAUCUUAAUGAUACAAAAUUUCAUACUAAAAAAGAAAAAAAAAAGAUACCAGGGUUUCCAGAAAACCGAGAGAGGGACCUGGUGGCCCUUUUGCCUUUUCGGAUUUAGGAUUAGGACCUAAGAGGCUAGGCCAUCCUCCUAGCAAUGACAUGGUAGUGCCGCUCCAGCUCAGCACCAGGGGAUACCAGUGCACUUCUGGGGUGUGAGGGUAAGUAGUUAGUGUCCCCGUCACCACCCUCACCCCAGCCUUCAUUUUCUCCAGCUCCCCAGGAAACAGUCUUAGCCAAUAAGAUGGACCCUAGUGCUGGGAGCUGGAAGGAAGACUCAGGGAAGAUAAGAGUUGUGGAGAUUAGGAGGGGCCCUCCCAACUGCAGACAGGAAUAGAAGAGACUAGGGUUUUUCUGUGGCUAACUCUGGUUUUCCUAAACCCACUCCUGGAGGUGUGCUGUUUUUCCUCCAGCGUACAAGCACAUUGCAGUACUUGGAAACAUUGGUUCCUGUUCUCUGGACCUCAGAUCCCAGAGGAGCCACUCCCCCUGAAUCCCUGACUCAUUGGUUUCCAUCUCUGCCCCUAGACACCUGAGGUCAGAGCUAGGAAAAGUUUCUUCCCAUCUCAAUCUUUUGGCAGGUGUUCAGCCCUGCAGCUAUUUUUUCAAAGCUACUUAGCUCAAUUGGGUUAAGAACCAGAUAAAGAGAAGCCCCUGGCUCCUGGAGCAGGGGGAAGGCAGAAUUGAGGAAACCUUAGGUCUAGCUCCCUGAACCCAAGCUCCCCCUCCUUCCUGACCACUGUGCCCUUUUUUUGAACUUCAUAGUCAGUCACCAGGGUCAAAACUGCUUUAUCUCCCCUCCUAAUGAGUCAGGGUAGCGAGUGGAAGGUCCCAUUUCUUUGCGCAAAUGCAGUGUGUGCAAAACAAGGUCAUGUGGGUAAACCUGGGGUGGGGAGAGGGGCAGCAAGGAGUUCUUGUGUCCAGGAAAUAUGCAGGUCAGGACCUAGAGUAAGCACCUUUCCUUUAGCUCUGCAGGCAGGGCAGGGAGGGGUGGAGAGGUACUACUACUUGCUGGACAUUUCUGAGGCUGCUACAUUUGCUUUUAAGGCAGAAAUCUUGCUCUCUGAGCACUCAGUGGCUCCAACUUGAAUUGAUAAGGAAGCUCUCAGUGGCCUCUCCCAGGCGAAUCAGGGAGGAGCCUCACCUCCCAGGUCUCUUCUCUGGCCCUUGGCAGGUUGCAGCAGGAGAGUCAAUCAUGUAGACAGCUCUGGGCCUCUGGCAUUUGUGUUUUUCAUAAUUAAACUGCAGUAUUUUGGAAAGUA